UGAAAACCUUACACGUGCGCCGCCCCCUUCGUCUUCACCAUUAUUUUCUGUUGGUUCGCCUCUCUUUCUCCUGUGAGUCCUGAUGUUGUCUUGUAGGGUUUAGGGUUGGAAGGAGUCAAAACUCCCCUCCGAAACCUCCCCCAUGGCGUCGUCCUCUCGAGUAAGGGUUGGGACUCUGGUUCCCUUUGGUGAAGGCAAAGCUGGGUCCUUGGGUGCCUCGCUGCCAAGCAUUCCCAUCUUUGAGGGCUCCAAUGUCGUUGGCAGGAGUAAUUUGGUGGUUGUUGACAAGAGAGUCAGUCGCAAGCACCUGAGUCUGCGCGUCUCAGCUGAUGGCUCCAUCGAAGUAGUUGUGGAAGGGCCAAAUCCUAUUGUUGUACAAUCAGAGGGGCAGAGGAGAAGGGUUUGUGCUAAAGAGAGAGCGAAGAUUAUCCAUGAUGAUGUCUUGGAGCUCAUUCCUGGUGAUUAUUUUGUGAAGUAUGUGAAUAUGGGCGAUGAGCAUAAAAGUUCCACACCGGUGGAUUCAAAUGACUUGAAGAAGGGGAAGCGGCAUAGGGAGGAAGAAUGCGUGGUUGCCAAAAGGAAUCGACAGAUUGUGGAAGAUGAGGCUUUGGCAAGAACAUUACAGGAAAGCUUUGCAGAAGAAACUAUGUCUGCUACUGGCAUGGCUUGUGUUCAAGUAUCAAGUUCACUUGAUAGUGCUGGUUCUUCUGAGAGAAAUAACGAGAGAAUGCAUUCUGCCGGUUCUUUGAAAGAUGUACUUCCAUUGACUUUUCGACUCAUGCGUGUCCAAGGUCUUCCAUCAUGGACUAAUACUUCAGCAGUUACCAUUCAGGAUGUCAUACAGGGUGAAGUGCUCCUUGCUGUACUCUCAAAUUAUAUGGUGGACAUGGAUUGGUUGCUUACGGCAUGUCCAAGUCUAAGGAAAGUUCCACAUGUCCUAGUUUUACAUGGAGAAGAUGGUGCUUCAUUGGAGCAUUUGAAGAAAUCGAAACCAGCAAAUUGGAUCCUUCACAAGCCUCCACUUCCAAUUACAUUUGGAACACAUCAUUCAAAGGCCAUGCUACUUGUUUAUCCUCAAGGGAUUCGUGUUGUGGUGCACACUGCAAAUUUGAUACAUGUUGAUUGGAAUAACAAGAGUCAGGGACUAUGGACACAAGAUUUUCCCUGGAAAGAUACAAAGGAUAUGAAUAAAAACAUUUCUUUUGAGAGCGACCUGGUUGAUUAUCUCAGUGCACUUAAGUGGCCAGAGUUCAGGAUAAAACUCCCGGUUGCUGGUGAUGUCAACAUCAAUGCAGCAUUCUUUAGAAAAUUUGAUUAUAGUAGCUCAACGGUCAGGCUGAUUGGAUCCGUUCCUGGUUAUCAUGUGGGCCCCAAUAUUAAAAAGUGGGGCCAUAUGAAGCUUAGGAGUGUUCUUGAAGGAUGUGUAUUUGAAAAACAAUUUUGCAAGUCCCCACUUAUUUAUCAGUUUUCCUCCUUGGGAUCACUUGAUGAAAAAUGGAUGACUGAGUUUGCAUGCUCGUUAUCAGCUGGUAAAGCAGAUGAUGGAUCACCGUUGGGGAUCGGGAAACCACUUAUUGUCUGGCCUACAGUGGAGGAUGUUAGGUGCUCAAUAGAGGGGUAUGCAGCUGGUAGUUGCAUUCCAAGUCCUCAGAAGAAUGUUGAGAAAGAUUUCUUGAGAAAAUAUUGGUCCAGGUGGAAAGCAGAUCAUGUAGGCCGUUGCCAUGCUAUGCCUCACAUAAAAACUUUUGCUCGUUACAAUGGUCAAAAUAUUGCAUGGUUUCUGCUUACCUCAUCAAAUUUAAGCAAAGCUGCUUGGGGCGCACUGCAGAAGAACAAUACGCAGCUGAUGAUACGGUCAUACGAGUUGGGUGUACUGUUCUUGCCCAAAACUCUCCAGUCUGUAUCACGAUUUUCAUGCACGGAGAAGAAUCACUCAAACUUGGGUAACCUGACCCUUGGUAAAACCAUCAAGACCAAGCUGGUCACACUUUGCUGGAAAGAUGAUGAAGAAAAGGAACCAUCUGCUGAAGUUAUCAGAUUGCCAGUGCCAUAUCAACUCCCUCCACAGCUUUAUGGACCAGAAGAUGUACCAUGGUCAUGGGACCGGAGGUACACGAAGAAGGAUGUUUAUGGUGCAGUCUGGCCACGCCAUUCUUAGCUUACCUGUGUGCCGAUGACGAGUCUUAAUCGUGUUCAAGUCGAAGGACACAAAUCCAGUGGUACAUUGAUCGGUCUCUAGUCAAAUCAUUAACAUAUAUGACCUGAUUGCUCAUCCUCCCUGUUUCUUGGUGGCACCAUGGCUAGCUUGGCUAGCUAAGCCGUGUGCUGACAAUGAUUGUUAACUGUGUUCAGGUCUGAGGACAUGAACCCAGUGGUACUUUUAUCAAGCAGUGGUCAAAUACUCAGUACGACCCGAUUGCUCGUCCAGUCUGUUUCUUGGCCGCUCUGUCAAUUCUGAGGAAAAAAAAACUACAAGCGAUGGAACAUUUGAUUAAGAAGAGGUUGUUGGAGCAUUGGAUAUUUUCAGCAUACUGAGACGUGCACUAAUGUCAUUUGGUGCUUGCCGUUGUGCUGUUUAUGCACCCGUCUGUUUAAAUCUGUAUUAUCGUUGUACCGCAUAUGUUGGUGGGAUCUCUGGGAUCACGUUUGCUGGCUGGUUUAUUUAUAAUUUUGCUUGUUAAGGUCGUUCCCAUUACGAAAGUAACCACACAUAGAGCAUGCUACUGACUAAACAAACAAUAGAAUACGAUGCUGGGUAUCCUGAUUCAGAGAAAA